AUGUCAUUGGAUACGCAAACAAUCAAUACAACAUCGUUUAAUACACCACCUGAUCGUGAAGCACUUAGUUUAAUGACGAAAUUAAAAUUAGAUCGCUUCAAAUUACGUAAAAAGAAAUUUGAUGAAGAAUAUAUUGAAAUUAUGAAACAGAAUAAUGAUUCUACUAUAUCAGUAUAUGAUAAAGUUUAUAUGUUGAAGAAAAGUAUAGAAAGAUUAUUUGAUGAAACGAGUAAAGAACGAUAUUUGAAAAAUUUCGAUGCCAUAUUGACAAUAGCUAAAGUCAAUACAUCGACAUCGAAUAAUGUAUUGGAAAAUUUUCGUCAACAAUUCAUAAAAGUGAUUGUUGAUGGUAAGAAACGUUCUGAAUACAAUUAUUUAUUUGGUUUAAUUAUGUCUCAAUGGUUAUCAGAACAGAAAAAUGAAUAUACACCAUUAGAAAUGAAAUCGACUAAUGCAUGGCGUAAUUUUCUUCAACACAAACUUUUUUCUAUCUUUGAUAAAGAUUCAAAAUUAAAAGAUGCUUUUGAUGAAUUCAAAAAGUCAAUAGAACAAUAUGAAAAAUCAUUAUUGAAAGAAAAAGUUUCAUCUAAUGAUAUACGACAAGCUAUUGAAAGUCUUAUAAGUAAUCAUUCAUUAGAUGAAUAUCGAAAAAGACUUCUAACAAAAAUGCGAUUAGAUGAAAAUACUGUCAAUGAAUUUGAAUCCUCAUUAAAUUUAUUAAUAUCCGAUUUAGCUGAUUGGAAUUGGCCUAUCAAAGGUGUGCGUGGAAUAUUUCGUCGAAAUUUAGUCGGAAAAUAUAGAUGUUUCUAUGAAGAAGAUGUUCUGACUGCUAUUUUUCUUGAACAUAUAGGUUUAAAAUGGAGUUAUCAUUUUAAAUAUGAAUUAAAAGUACUUUUUCAAGUAUUAAAUAAAAAAUUUCGAGACAAUUGUUCGUCGAAAUCAAUUCAAUACAAACGAUGUCUCAUGCAAGAAGAAGAAUAUUGGAUGGCUUCACUUCCGGAUGGAUUAAAUAGUAAUUUUGAUGUAUUUAAUUAUGCAAAUAUGGAUAAAUUUAAUUUAAAUUCAAAAUCAUUCUAUUUAAUCAAUGUAGAAAUUCAGUUACAUAAAAUUUUACAACCAAAUGCACCGUUCACUGUUGUAUCAGCUGAUCUUGAAUGGUUUGAACCUUCAAUUUCACAUGAAAUAGUUCAAAUAUUUCUUGAAUUUUGUGGAGUAUCUCAAAUUUGGCUUCAUUUUUUUGAUCGUUUUCUUAAACAGCCCAUUUAUUACAAACAUGACGAACUCAUUCGUCAACGUCAACGUGGUGUACCAAUUUCACAUUCACUUUCUCAUCUAUUUGCUGAAUUACUUAUAUUCGGUUUAGAUCUCUAUAUAUAUCAAAAUACUGAUAUUUUUAUUUAUCGUAUUCAUGAUGAUAUUUGGUUUUUUAAUUCUCAAUUAAUUAAAAUUGAACAAGCUUGGACAUUGAUGAAUGAAUAUGCACAAAUAACUGGACUUAAAUUUAAUGAAGAAAAAUGUGGUUCCAGACGUAUUCAACCAUCAAACAUAAUAACUAAUGUUGAUGAAUUAUCUACAAAUCUUAUAUUACCUUCUAAAGACGUUAAAUGGGGUUUGCUUACUCUACAAUCAUCUGGUCGUUUUAUCAUUUAUCAAGAGACAAUUCGACCAUUGCUCGAUGAAAUGAAAACACGAUUAACAAAUGCAACAACUAUUUUAGAAAGGGUCAAUUUAUAUAAUAAGUAUAUAUCUUUUUUCAUGCGUAAUUUUGGCCAAUGUGCUAACAUUUUGGGUACAUAUCAUAUUGAACAUAUAAUUGAAAUAUUUCAAUAUCUUCAUCAAUAUAUUUUUUCUGAAACAAAUGGCAAUGCUUUGACAAUUCUUCCAAAUCGUAUUGUUGAACAAUUUCCUAGUUGUUUGACUGAUGAAAUUUGUGAAGCUUGGUUCUAUUGGCCAUUGACACAGGAUGGAUUAGGUUUGAAAAAUAUUUAUCUUAAUUUAUAUAGUGUUCAACAAUAUUUGUUAUCAGAAAAGAUGGUCGGUUUUAAUCAAUUAUCGGUCAAAGAUGCUGAAAAAUAUGCUGAAAUAGAGAUUGAAUAUAAGCAAGCAAAAAAACAUAGAAAAUUCAAAUCCAUAGAACAGUUUAUGCACGAUGAUGAAACAUUCAUCACUUUUGACGAAUAUAUACAACGUCGUGAAACUCAUCUUCCACAUUGGAAAGCUGUUUAUAAAAAGAUGUUAGCUAUUACUCCAUGGUUAUCCCCUACUUUGACGAACAUUUUUGUAGACCAUUUAGAAAUCUUUCGAGAUAAAAGUAUCCACAUGUCAUCGGAAAAACAGCAUAGAAUGAAAAAAGAUAGUGACAGUUAUUUAAAGUGGUUACUAUGUUAUUAUGGUGAACAAAUUCAAUCAACAUUUAAUCACUUAGAUUUUAUUGACAGUGAAAAUUUACCUAUUGGUUUGAUAACAUUGAUGAAAACAACGAAUAUUGAUUGGAAUAAUGAAUCCAAAGAAGAAGAGUAG